UAUAUACCGCCGAUAUACCGCCUACCAGCCCACCGGUAAUCUACCCAUCUACCCAUCUCCGCGUCUACUGUACUCGUCUCGACAAUGUCUAGCUCAGCACAAGCAGCGAUCACCGUCGACCCAGCCGUACUGGAGCACCCCAGUGAUGAAGACUAUGCCACAUCCGGCUACGACACGAGCACGGCGAGCCUGACGAACUCGAUCCGCGAGUACGCCUUCGAGAACGGCCGGCGCUAUCACACCUACUUCGGCGCCGACAAGAACCCGCUGCCGACGGACGAGACGGAGCAGGACCGCCUCGACGUCCACCACGAGGUCUUCCUCAUCCUGCUGGAUAGAAAGCUGCACAGGGCUCCCAUCGGGAAGUCGCCGAAUCGUAUCUUGGAUGUUGGCACUGGGACCGGGAUUUGGGCUAUCGAUAUGGCAGAUAAAUACCCGUCCGCGGAAGUUAUCGGCGUCGAUCUUAGUCCAAUCCAACCCGGCUGGGUCCCGCCCAACUGCCGCUUCGAACUCGACGACGCAGAGCUGGACUGGACGUUCCGUCCGGACUACUUCGAUUUCAUCCACAUCCGCAACCUGUCCCAAGCAGUCACGAAGUGGGAGAAAGUGCUUUCGGAAGCGUACCGCUGCACCAUUCCCGGCGGGUACAUCGAGCUCGCCGAGCUCGGCGGGGUAGCGCACAGCGAUGAUGGGAGCAUGUCGCCGGACAACGGCGUGAAAGUCUUCCUAUCACUCCUCGAUUCCGGGCUACGGAAGAUGGGGCGAGUAGCGUCCGCGACCGGCGAGUCGCUGCGCGCCAAUCUCGAGGACGCCGGGUUCGUCGACAUCGACAUCUUCACGUGCAAGCAGCCGCUCGCGCCGUGGGCGCACGAUAAGAAACUGAAGCAGGUGGGCGCUGUGGCCCUGUUGAGUGCUCCCACCGGGUUUCAUGCCUAUGGCAUGGCCGUCUUUACGAGGGUACUGGGAAUGGAUCCAGAAGAGGCGGAUAUGGUCUGUAAACGCGCGACCGCGGCGGUCAUGAAUAAGAAUAAUCAUAUUUAUACAUACUUCUAUGUUGUCCAUGGACAGAAGCCGACGGAGAAGGAAUAGGUAGGAAUGAUGGCUGGUACUGGGAGGGAGGGAGGUUACAUAUGACGGGGACGGGGAGGGCGGGCAAAUGAUACAUACUGGCAUGGACUGGAGAUCCUCAUCUCCAGGUGGCUGCCUACAUACAUACAUACAAGCAAUCAUUUUCUUGCUUCGAGC